GUUGACACUGACACUGGUAGUUCUGUGCCGCUUGUCAGGUGACUCCAAAAAGAGCUCCCAAGAAGUCAUGCCCCCCUCUACCCCCCUCCUGCUAGGCACAGUGUGGGACCUUAGGAGCUAUUACAUGUGACUAUUAAGGAUGCUAAAUCCCACCGUGAAGGGGCUCUGAAUAUCACCUACUGGACCAACAGUGAAAUACACAGAAUUGUUUCACAACAGAAUGGGUCCAGGAGCCAGGCGCUGGGCUAGGAACAAGAACAUAGACUCAGGCCAACUCUGUGACCCAGGAGACUGUGGUGCUCACUGGCCUAUGUCCCUCUAGACCACUGUGUUCUUUUCUGGACAGGGAAGCCCACCCCAGGGCCCCAGACCUAGCCGUCCACUCCUGGGGCCUGGGAGGGUUUCAAGGAGAAGUGAACCACAGGUCUGUCCACCACCUUUCCAAGUCCCCUCUGCCUCUCUGGGACCUGGUUCUGGGUGGAGACACACUGGCAGAGGGGACAAACUAAAGGGUAGACAGAAACUGAUGGGCAAAUUCAUCUGGCAGACAGGAGCAGAAAGGGAGCCUAGCCUUUCGGGGGAGUCGCCCUGCAGCGUUAGUCAGAAGCCUACUCAGGAGGCUGGGCCAGGAGAGACAGACUGACAGAGGGUGGACUGACUCCAAGACCACCUUGGCCCUUCCUUUUUGGGAUAGAGGAAGUGGGGUACUCAGUCAGCCCCCAGUGUUUUUUUGUCCCCAUAUGGACGCAUGUGCAUAUGUAGGCCUACAGAAAUCCAGGAGAUCCAAAGAGUCAAAUGGCCUGCUUUAGUCACAGAAGGGCAGACAGAAGGGCAUAAACUCAGGCUGGGGGCUCGGGUUCAAAUUCAACUACAUGAUAUUCAUCAGACAUUUCCUCCUGCUGAGCCUCCAUUGCAUCUGUAACAUGACGACUGGCGAACACUUUCUACCAAGGGUGGUUAUGAGUGCCCACAGUCUGCUAGUGUACUGGAAUUGCGGAUGUACGCUGCCUUACCUGGUUUAUGUGGUUGACUGGGGAUUGGAAGUCACGUCUUCCUGCUUGUGUGCUUCAUGGCGGCUGAGGAAAUGCAUUGGCCUGUCCCCAUGAAGGCCAUCGGUGCCCAGAAUUUGCUGACCAUGCCUGGUGGUGUGGCCAAGGCUGGUUACCUGCAUAAGAAGGGCGGCACCCAGCUGCAGCUGCUCAAAUGGCCCCUCCGCUUUGUGAUCAUCCACAAGCGCUGCAUCUACUACUUCAAGAGCAGCACGUCUGCCUCCCCACAGGGCGCCUUCUCACUGAGUGGCUACAACAGAGUGAUGCGGGCAGCUGAGGAGACCACAUCCAACAAUGUCUUCCCGUUCAAGAUCAUUCACAUCAGCAAGAAGCACCGCACAUGGUUCUUCUCAGCCUCCUCUGAGGAUGAGCGCAAGAGCUGGAUGGCCUUGUUACGGAGGGAAAUUGGCCACUUCCAUGAGAAGAAAGAACUACCUCUAGACACCAGCGACUCUAGCUCAGACACAGACAGUUUCUACGGUGCAGUCGAGCGACCUAUAGAUAUCAGCCUGUCUUCAUACCCCACAGACAAUGAAGAUUACGAACAUGAAGAUGAAGAUGACUCGUACUUGGAGCCUGAUUCUCCGGGGCCUAUGAAGCUUGAAGAUGCCCUGACGUAUCCACCAGCCUACCCACCACCCCCUGUGCCUGUUCCUCGGAAGCCAGCCUCCUCUGACUUGCCCCGCGCACACUCUUUCAACUCCAAAAGCCCAAGCCCUUUACUGCCUCCCCCACCUCCCAAGCGAGGCCUUCCAGACACUGCCCCUGCCCCUGAGGACGCUAAGAAGGACCCAUUGGGCCUGAGGAGAGGAGAGCCUGGCCUCAGGGUGCCUGCUACCCCUCGAAGGAUGAGCGAUCCCCCGAUGAGCAGUGUACCCACUGUGCCCAACCUCCGGAAACAUCCUUGCUUCCGAGACAGUGUGAACCCCGGCCCAGAACCCUGGACCCCUGGCCAUGGGACCAGCUCUGUCUCCAACUCUACCACCAUGGCCAUUGCCAACUCCAGGAACUGUGACAAACUCAAGUCAUUCCACCUGUCUUCCCGAGGGCCACCCACGUCUGAGCCCCCACCUGUGCCCCCACCUGUGCCUGCUAAUAAACCCAAGUUCCUGAAGAUAGCUGAAGAGGCUUCCCCAAGGGAGGCAGCCAAGUCUGCACCUGUGCCGCCUGUGGCCCCCAGGCCUCCUGUGCAGAAGAUGCCCAUGCCUGAGGCCACCGUUCGGCCUGCAGUGCUGCCUAGACCAGAGAACACACCUCUUCCCCACCUCCAGCGAUCGCCCCCUGAUGGACAGAGUUUCAGAGGCUUCUCCUUUGAAAAGGCCCGUCAGCCCUCACAGGCUGACACUGGUGAGGAGGACUCAGAUGAGGACUAUGAGAAGGUGCCGCUGCCUAACUCAGUGUUUGUCAACACCACAGAGUCCUGCGAGGUGGAAAGGUUGUUCAAAGCUACGGACCCCCGUGGAGAGCCCCAGGAUGGGCUAUAUUGCAUUCGGAACUCCUCAACCAAGUCAGGGAAGGUCUUGGUCGUGUGGGAUGAAUCUUCUAACAAAGUGAGGAAUUAUCGCAUCUUUGAGAAGGACUCUAAGUUCUACCUGGAAGGUGAGGUUCUGUUUGCAAGUGUAGGCAGCAUGGUGGAGCACUACCACACCCACGUGCUUCCCAGUCAUCAGAGCCUGUUGCUGCGGCACCCAUAUGGCUACACUGGGCCCAGGUGACAUCCAUUUCACACAGCUGUUGGGUGGAAGCAGCCACAGCCCUGCCUCACAGAUGGAGACUGGUUACAUGGGAAGAUGAACAGGAGCGGCCUUGACGGCAGACCUCAUCGACGUGGCACCUGGCCUCAGUGAGCAGGCUGGGUUCCAGGCUGGAGCAGGCCACAACUGCUCAAGGACUGGCUGGAUGACUUGGCCUAUCCAGCCGCUCCAUGACCCACCUCUCAAGGACCCAGGUCUGGUGACUGAGUGCUGCCUGGGCUUUGAUGGCACAAGAUCAGGUCCCUAUAGCAUACUCAUUCUGCAGUGGGCUGGGACUGCGCAAGGCUGGGUUAGUUGAAUGGAGCCUAAGCCUUGUCCUGGGACCCAUAGGAAUGCUAAAACACAGGAAUGCUCAAGGAGGGACCAUUGCCUCUUAAUAAAUCAAGAUGACCUUUGUCUCAAUGACUAGGGUUUGAUUGGCACACAGGGGGCUCUACUGAGCACCACCAAUGUCCAGGUAGAGAGCUACUGAGAGCAGCCCUAAUGGGUGGUCUUUAGUGUUCCAGUGCUGAGUGAACUAACUGGGAGAGAUGGCUAAAUAAUAGAUCAGGAUCCACCAGGAUCUGUCAAUCUUGGCUGGAGCCUGAACUUGAAAGUCCCAGUUAGCAAUAAUUGAGCAGCUGUGUGACUGGCCUGGUACUGGAGUUGUUUGCUGGCUGUGAGCAGCCCCUCGUCCAGCUUGGCCAAGCUUAGUCUAGAGCAGGUCCGUGAGUAUGAGGAGCUGCUGGAAAUGCUGUGUUCUGGGAAGCCGCAUGAAGGAGCCAGGACCUUGGGAUCCAGUGGGGGCGGGGGUUCACGGGGAGUUUCCAGUAAGACUUCUUACAGAAAUCCUGGCCAGAGUGAAGUGGGACGGGCCAAGGCUGGGUGGGGAUAGUGGCAGCCACGUACCCCCAUGUAGUUGGGGUGAUCCUAAUAGGUCUGGGCCACACCCCUGGCACAGCCGUCUAGACUGGACUUUUUCUGUGAAAAUAAAUGCAUUUGGAGGUCAGGGCAGCCAGAGACCUUGGCACCAUCUGGCUUCAUUGCACUUUA